AUGUGUGUAAACAGGAUCAGAAGUGUUGAAGGAGGGAGAAGUAUUGAAGGAGGGAGAAGUGGUGGUCUCAUGGGCACAACACAUAUUGGAGACGAUAUAAAUUCACCUCAUAGAAAUGCUGAGAAAGCAGUUGCAGAUCUCAUGAACCAACCAACACAUAUUGGCAGAAGGUUUGCGAACUUCACAUCACAAGAAAUCGCUGACAAUAGACUUCGUUUGAAAACAUCAAUUGAGGGGAUUAGGUGGAUAGCAUUUCAGGUAGCAGAAGUUUUGGAUAAAGCUCCACGAAGUGCCACAUAUACAUCACCAACAACGCAAAAACAAGUUUUGCAUGUCUUGGGAAAUAAAGUGAGAAACGCGAUUCGUGAAGAAAUUGGUGAUGCAAAAUUUUCAGUAAUAGUUGAUGAAGCACGAGAUGAAUCUAAGAAAGAGCAAAUGUCAAUUGUUUUGAGAUUUGUUGAUAAAGAUGGGUAUGUGCAAGAGCGUUUUUUCGGGCUUAUUCAUGUCAAAGACACUGCUGCUUUAACAUUAAAAGAAUUUGCUGCAUCUAGAGAAGUUAUUCCUGUCCAUCAAUUUCUUACAAAGUUGAACUCCAUUGUUAAUAUUGUUGGUGCUUCAUGUAAGCGCAAUGACCAACUAAAAGUUGCUCAAGCUGCAAAUAUUGCUCAUUUACUUGAGAUUGAUGAACUAGAAAGUGGGAAAGAACUUAAUCAAAUUGGUUCUUUACAAAGGGCAGAGAUUUCAAAUAUACUCUGUCAAGCUUUGCAACUUCAGUCUCAAGAUGUUUUAAAUGCAAUGUAUCUUGUUUCAUCGACUAAGACUCUCAUUCAAAAAUUGAAAGAAGAUGGAUGGGAUGAAUUAGUUGAUGAGGUGAAAUCUUUUUGUGAACCUGUUAAUAUACCUAUGCCAGAUUUUAAUGCUCACUAUACUACAAAAAGAGGAAGAAAUCGUGGUGAACAAGAUGCAAUUACUGUGGAGCAUUAUUACAGAGUUGAUCUUUUCAAUGCAGUGAUAAACUUUCAACUACAAGAAUUAAACAACAAAUUCAAUGAUAGCACAGUGGAGUUACUCAUUCUUAGUUCAGCUUUAGAUCCAAGAGAGAUGCACACAUCAUUCAGAAUUGAUGAUAUUUGCAAGUUGGUACAAAAAUUUUACCCAAAAGAAUUUACAGAAUACGAGAUGUUUCUACAGCUACCACAGAACGAUCUUUUUCAACUAUGA